CGCCGCAGUAAAGGGGGCAGCUGGCCGCCUUGGUGUGGCCAGGGGGUUGGCCGGCACCCGGGGAGAAGGGCACAUUUGCAGGCUUUCCGAGGUCCUCGCCCAGCUGGAGGACACCAGCCUGUAGCUACGGGAACCCCAGGAAAACAGAGGGCUCCAAAGGUCACGGGCACGAUGCUUCGGGUCCUGGUGGGGGCUGUCCUCCCCGCCAUGCUGCUGACUGCUCCACCGCCCAUCAACAAGCUGGCACUGUUCCCGGAUAAGAGCGCCUGGUGCGAGGCCAAGAACAUCACCCAGAUCGUGGGCCACAGCGGCUGUGAGGCCAAGUCCAUCCAGAACAGGGCGUGCCUGGGACAGUGCUUCAGCUACAGCGUUCCCAAUACCUUCCCGCAGUCUACAGAGUCCCUGGUGCACUGCGACUCGUGCAUGCCGGCCCAGUCCAUGUGGGAGAUCGUGACCUUGGAAUGCCCUGGCCAUGAGGAGGUGCCCAGGGUGGACAAGCUGGUGGAAAAGAUCCUGCACUGCAGCUGCCAGGCCUGCGGCAAGGAGCCCAGUCACGAGGGGCUGAGCGUCUACGUGCAGGGCGAGGACGCGCAGGGCUCCCAGCCCGGCCUCCACUCCCACCCGCACCCUGGCGGGCAGACCCCCGAGGCCGAGGAUCCCCCUGGGGCCCCCCAUGCAGAGGAUGAGGGGGCUGAGGACUGAGGCCCCCGACUCUUCCUCCCCUCUCGUUCCCCGUGGAAUGUGGGGUCUCACCCUCCCGGGGAAGAGUUGGGAGAGAGGCUGAAGCCCCCCUUUGGCACUGGAUGGACUUGGAUUCAGACUUGGACUUGGAAUGCUUCCCGGUUGCCACGGAGAUCUGAAGGGGGUGGGACUGGCGCCAAGCUGCACAAUUUAAUAUAUUCACAAGUUGGGGGGAGGAAGCAGAGGUCUUCAGGGUUCUUUAUCGGAGGGGGGUUCUCUUCUCUUCUGCCUCCUAGACAUGUGCCCUGGGGAGGGGGAUAGUUGGCUAAGCUGCUGAGUUGGGGUGAGGCCGUCCAAGA